AUGGCUGCCGGAAGGUUACUGCUCUACACGGGGCUUUCGCUAGCGCUCUGCGCCCUCGGCAUGCUGGCUGUGGCCAUCUGCUCCGACCACUGGUACGAGACGGACGCCAGGAAGCACAGGGACAGGUGCAAGGCCUUCAACACCCGCCGGGUCGACCCCGGCUUCAUUUACAACAACAACAACAACUUGCCUCUGCGUGCGAGCCGCUCGCGCCUGGACCGCUGGGAGGGCAAACUCCUCCGGGCCCGGAAUCGCCGGCAGCUGUUCGCCAUGAGCCCGGCGGACGAGUGCAGCCGGCAGUACAACUCCACCAACAUGGGCCUCUGGAGGAAGUGCCACCGGCAGGGCUUCGACCCAGAGAUCGCCGCCCUUAUCCGGAAAGGAGAAAUUGAGAGAUGCACGAACAUCAAGUACCACUACUCCUCAGCAACCAUCCCCAGGAACCUCACAUUCAACAUCACGAAGACCAUUCGCCAGGAUGAGUGGCAUGCCCUGCACCUGCGCAGAAUGACGGCUGGCUUCAUGGGCAUGGCGGUGGCCAUCAUCCUCUUCGGCUGGAUCAUCGGUGUGCUGGGCUGCUGCUGGGACCGAGGCCUUAUGCAGUAUGUGGCAGGGCUUCUCUUCCUCAUGGGAGGAACCUUCUGCAUCAUUUCAUUGUGCACCUGUGUGGCGGGGAUCAACUUUGAGCUGUCACGUUACCCACGCUACCUAUAUGGACUCCCGGAUGACAUCAGCCACGGCUAUGGAUGGUCCAUGUUCUGUGCAUGGGGGGGCCUGGGCCUCACACUAAUCUCGGGAUUCUUCUGUACCUUGGCCCCCUCUGUCCAACCUGUCCCGAGGACCAACUGCCCUAAAUCCAGACCAGAGAAUGGGACAGUGUGCUAA